CUACUCUCUGAGCUUUGGAAAGACUAGGUGUAUAGCCUGCAACAAAACCACAUUAGUUGUCAAGCUUGUUUUAUGCACACACUUUUUGUGUCAGCAUAUUAUACACAUGGAUUGUGAAGAGAGGCUAUAGAGAAGAUGCAAGGUAGCCUAGAAUAGACAGAGGGUGAGACUUGUGUGGCUUUGGUGUGAAGUGUAAAGGACAAGGGUGUGAGCUGCCUCAGUAGUUGAAGUGCAGUGUUGGAGGAAACAGGUGGAAUUUUGACAGUCCUUGCUGAGCGCACGUCAUUUCUUCAGAGAGAACUUGUGGAGGACAUCACUUUAAAACUCAUCCUUGGACCUGUUCCUUCACGAAGCCGAGCAAAGUCUACUUUUCCCUGCUAAAGGAUAGAGAAAGCGUCCGAACAUCCGAAUGCAUUUAUCAUUGGAUAACAUGAGCAUGGUGGACGACAACUGCCUCUCGCCCAGUAACUUCCACGAGAUGGUGAAAGGAGGGGGCGCGGCGAUGGGCGGCCGUGUCCACAGCAUUGAUGUAAUCCUGGGCUUCAGCAAAGACCAGGACCCCCUGCUCACCCCCUCUGGGUGUCCAGGACCCCACAAAGUGGGCUUGGAUGGCCUGGGGGACCCUGGGAAGCAGGACCUGUCACACCCAUAUGGGCACCUCACAGAACAUCAGAACUACCAUGAUUCAGUACUGUACUCAGAUAAGUGUGAUGGCGACAUGAGUGAGCUGAGGAAGAGUGUGGAGAGCGACAGUGGGAAGAGUCCGGAGCCCUGCGAGGAAGAGCGGCCCAAGAAGAAGCACCGACGCAACCGCACCACCUUUACCACCUACCAGCUGCACGAGCUGGAGUGUGCCUUUGAGAAGUCCCACUACCCUGAUGUGUACAGCCGUGAGGAGCUGGCUAUGAAGGUUAACCUCCCUGAAGUCAGAGUUCAGGUGUGGUUUCAGAACCGCAGAGCCAAAUGGAGGCGCCAGGAGAAGAUUGACGCCAGUACCAUGAAGUUGCACGACUCACCCAUGCUCUCCUUCAACCGGCCGCCAAUGCACAGCAACAUGGGGCCCAUGAGCAACUCCCUCCCCCUGGACCCUUGGCUGACCUCCCCUCUGUCCAUCGCCACCCCAGUUCACAGCAUCCCAGGCUUCAUGGGCCCAGGCCAGGGCCCGCAGGGAGGCUACCCCAGCCACAGCUUCCUCAACAGCCCUCCACCCAUGGGCCAAGGGAUGCAGUCCAUGGCACCUCCUCCGUACCAGUGUUCCGGUCCCUUCACCGACAAGUAUCUGAUGGAGGACGUGGACCAGAGGAGCUCCAGCAUCACAGUGCUGAGGAUGAAAGCCAAGGAACACAUCCAGUCCAUGGACAAAACCUGGCAGCCCAUGUGAUGGGAUAUUGAAACUGUGUUUCCAGUCAUGAUUGGGGUUUUGGGUCCAUGCUAAUGCAUUUUUCCAUGCAACAGGAUUGCAGUGAUGGCACCGACAAAUGCACAGUUAUGACUCCUGAUGUCUAAGAUUUCCAGCACCAGCGACCUUUAUACUAGAAUGGUUCUUGGUCUCUGUUUUGAGUUCCUUUUCUACUAGUAAUGUGAAGGAUUGGAAAUUGAUACAUAUUUUGUGUGCCACCAUCCAGAAAGGACCCUAUGACUCAGAAUGUCAAGAAAGGCCUCGCAAAUUUAAAUGAACAAGCAACCAUUUUCCAAAAGGACUGCAGGGACUGCUCAAGUUAACUGAGUUAUGGUGGAAGGCAGCGAAACACAAGUGUUACUUGAUUUUUUUUUAGAUUAACUUUUAUGAAGCAACUGGAACAAAGAUUCCACUAGACACUAACUGCCCUUUAUGGCAACUUUUUGAUUUUGAUCCUCAUCUCAAGGUUUGGAUGUCGUAACCAAGGCAACAAAUACUUCCUUCUCAGUAUUCCUGUAAAAAUGCAAACACUGUACACGCUAGUUAAGUCUGUAAUGCAGAUAACCCAGACUGUCCAUUUGUUAAUUUUGUUACUCAUUAUUAUUUUACUUUUUGUAAGAGUAGUUUUAAUGUUUUGUACCUUGCUGUUAGCCAUAAAUCUAAUAAUUAAGUCCCCUCCAGAUUAUUUCAUUCUGUAGAGUGCUCACACACAGUCACAUUUAACUCUGCAAAUUAAGGUUUGUGUAUUUUUCUAAUUAAUCCAAUUGUCUAAUUUGUCAUGAAUGUUACUGGUCAAUUAACCAGUCAUUCUCUCAGUAUUUGUGAAUGGACAUGCCAUGUCUCACAUAAUAGUUGUUGAAGGUUGCGGCGGUGUGAAUCACUAUGUCUAUGACCCUGAAACACAGAAUCAUUCAUCCAGUUAUGAUGGUCAGGUUAUUUCAACACCUGGAGAAAAAGAAAACCACAGCCACCUCUGAAGAAGGGGAACACUAUAUUUCUGUCUGUAGUAACUGCAGUUACAGUAGAGAGCCUCUGUCCACUCUGUGGGUUGUGGGGUCAUGGUUGAUAUGUCCUGGCUCUGGCUGGAGUACGCUUUCAGCUGAGGAUGCGUAAGACAAUCUGUCAUGCUAUUUAAUUUGAAAAGAUGUGAACACCUUUUAACACUCAAUUAACUCAACUGAAAGUGUCUUAAUUGACUUCAUUGAUGAUUGUCCUGAGACUGCAUACACACACAAACACUCCAGACUGCACACACACACAAACACUCCAGACUGCACACACACACAAACACU